AAUUUCCGCUGUAGAAAUAUACACAGUAUUGCAUUGAUUCAAGUUGAUAUCAUUCAUAAAAAUAGGACUGAAGGAAAAUUUAUGGGGAAAGAAUAAUUACAAUAAUAAUAACAAUUAUUAUUAUUAGUCUCCAGUCUGGUUAUCUAUAGUUUCUUACUUGGUCGAAACUAACAGUCAAGCAUUUCAUUGAUUAGUGUCACAUUUUUGUUCGACUACCUCACACUCUUUAUCAACCUAAUAGUGAUGAGGAUAACUUCCAUUUUAAUCGAUAACUGUCGUGUAGAUGUGUGUGUGUAUUCGAAUAUGACCAACCGAAACUGGUCUCAACCGCUUGUAUCUCUUGUAAAUAUUGCCUAACACGUACAUAAACGGAUGCAGUAUACAACUUAGGACACUUGUAUUUUGAUAAAGUUCGAACUAGGAAUCAACCCCUUUUUCACUCGUUCCCAAUGCUUUGUUAGAUUAAUUCUAUAAGAAUACUUCAAUGAAGCUAGGUCAAAUGUAUUAUCGGAUUAUUUUAUAGUUCUCAUUGAAAAAGAGGCUUAAAUUCUUGUGAAUAUUACACCGACCUUGUGUAUAAACUGAAUAUUUAACAAGUAAUAGAAUUUUCAGAAUGUACACAAGUUUGAAUUAUUAAUUCCUACAACCCUCUGAUAAAUUUAUCAGUAGUAUUGAUGACUAAUACCUACAUUAAUUUGUGUAAUACUUAGAGAUCUCUAAGCGAUAAUCUGAAUACAAGUUAAAGUAUUGAACAUUGAUAUCCAUAAAAUUGAACACAUAAGCAUUUUUACAACACAAUUGAUGUAUUAAUACUGCCUGUUGAGAAAACACUAGGUAGUAAAUACUUGUAAAUCUAUUCCCUCACAUACUUUUAGCACUUUUACAGUCAUGUUUUUAAAAAAAAAAUAAAAAUGCAAUACUUUUCUGUUACAACCAAUCUUAUUCAGUGUUUAAAUCCAAUAAUUUUCAAGGACAUGCACAUAUUUGUACUACGCAUAAUGAUCACUAAACGUUGUGCUCUUCUUAGUCAAAUAUUAACAAAACUUCAAUAUCAUUAUAAUGAUGCAAUAAUUACUACUGGUAGUAACAGCAGUGGUAUAAAGCAGCUGUUUAAAUGCUUCAGUUCAGAAUCAUUUAAAAAGUUAUUACCAGAUGAAGCAACCGACGAAAGAAUUACUGAUGUGAAAACGAAAUAUCCCAACCAACCUUCAUAUCGUUUUGUACCCUCAAAACCGAUAUGGAAACGAUUCGACGUUGGCGAUCAGAACGGAUCAGAAACGGAAAAUAAUAUAUCAUGUGCUGAAGAUUCUGUAUCAAUUGACGAUAAUGGUGUAUAUUGUAUUGAUCGUAGUACUCUUCCAGAGAAGACACAAUUGGAUUUAAAUUCAGUAAAAUUACUUGAACAAGUAUCACUAGUAGAUUUCAAAGGUGAAGAAAGUUUAAAAAUUCUAGAAGAAGCUAUUCGUUAUGCUGACUGUUUGUUGACAAAAGAAGCCUUUCAUGGAACAACAAAUGAACAGUAUUUAAACUUUAAUAAUACUGACCCAAUAGUUAGUCUUUGUGAUGAAAUCAAUCCAGACUGGAGUUGUCCCUUACGGGAUGAUGGUGAUAAUGAAUCUGUUGAAGAUAACUGUUCACUGGCUAGUCAUAUUAUGCAACAUGUUCCGGAUAAAUGGGAAGGUUAUAUUGUUGCUCCACUGGCUACCGCUCCUGUUGAUCAGGGUGAAACUAAUCACAACAGUUCAAAAUAAUAACAACAGUAAUAAUAUUAUGUAUGAUAGUAUGUUAUUCUGUAAACAUAACAAUGCAUGCACGCGUCCAUUACUUUUGGUCAACCGAUGAAAAAAAUAAAUUGAAUUUGCCACGUUUUAAAUUGUCGAAUAUAUUUAUGUUCGAAUCCUUCUGGAAAGAUGAAUCCUGUUGAAUAUGUUUUCAAGGGUUAUUUGUUGCAAGUUUGAUUACGAAUUAAUAUCACUUAGAGAACCAGGAAGUACUGGACAGUUGUUUCGUCCUAGUUUGGGACUCAUCGGCAGUUUACACCCACCAGUAGGGUUCCAACCCCAGGACCUUCAGGUUACAAGACAACCUCUUAGACUAUUCAGCCCAUUGGACUUGAUCCAAUGGCCAAUCCAUGAAUUCUAACUUCUACCGAUUCGUGAUUCGAGCGCAACCACUAACCAAUUUUAUCGGCUGAAACAAAUGUUAGCUUUAUUAGAGUUUUAACCCCCAUAUUAAACAAUAGUACAGAGUGGAAAACAAUAAUAAUAGUGGCCUUAUUCCAGACAUCACAACUGAUACAGGGUGUAAUUCUCAGCGUGUGGUAUGAUAUUCCAUCUGAUUUUUUCUUUGCAUUAAAUAAUAAGGCGGAAAACAAUUAAUUGGAACAUUUGCAUCUAUAAUAAUAUCGAUAAAAAGUAAAAUUAGAAUUGUAAAUUAAUAGAAAUGGUGAUAACAAUCUAUGUGUGAUAGGAAGAAUAAAAACAACCGUUUAUUCACUGUUUUACAGUAAGUUAUUGAUUUCAUGCCUGACUGUUUCUUCAUUACAUAAGAUGCGUUCCAGAUAAGGUAUCGUUGAGUUUCUAUACUUAGCCGUCCAACUAUAAAGUCUUUUAUAAAUUGCUUC